GCAGGUUUGAAGAGCUUGAGGGGACAUUCCUGAAAAAAUCUGCUGAAAACAUAUCUGGAUCAGAAUGGCAAUGCAUAACGAUACAGGAACUAAUGAUAGUAGUGAGUACCAUUGUGAGUUAAAAGAACACUUCAAGUACAUUCUCCUCCCGGUGAGUUACUCUCUGGUGUUUGUGUUCGGUCUGGGGUUGAACAUCACGGCCAUGUACGUCAUCCUGUUCCGAACCAAACACUGGAAGCCCAGCACCAUCUACAUGAUCAACCUCAACGUCUGCGACACGCUUUACAUCCUCACUCUGCCGUUCCUCAUCUACUAUUACGCUGAUAAGAACGACUGGCCGUUCGGUGAGCUGAUGUGUAAGCUGAUUCGCUUUCUCUUCUACACAAACCUCUACGGGAGCAUCCUCUUCCUCAGCUGCAUCAGUCUGCACCGGUAUUUAGGCAUCUGCCACCCGAUGCGCUCUUUGUACUGGAUGAACGGUCGUCGCGCUCAUCUGGAUCAGAACGGCAAUGGAUAA